GGCAGAGAGAGACAGAGAGAGAGAAUCCCAAGCAGGCUUCAUGCUCAAUGCGGAGCCUGACACGGGGUUAGAUCUCAUAAGCCCUGAGAUCAUGACCUGAGUUGACGUCAAGAGUCAGAUGCUUAACUGACUGAGCCACCCAGGCCUCCCAGCUAAUCAACAUCUUAAUGGAAAGAAAACGAGACUAUGAAGGAAGACUGAGCAGCAAAGGUGCAGCAUAAAGGUACGCUCCUCGGGCGUGUGGUGUGGGAGUGUGGCACAGGGGAAGCAGAGGUACACAGGAAUGAGAGGGAUGUUGGAAGCAGGGGCCAUUGGAAGGACAGCGAGGUGGAUCCCCUCAAGGCCGCAAGGAAAGUUCUAUAUGAAUGGUUCACCUCUCAAUUGUGUUCACAGUUUUCUCCCAGUGACACGCUUUCUGUCCACAAUGGAUGGACUGUGCCAAGCACGCUAGCUUUCCAGACUGCUCCCCACAUUAACUUUCAAUCCUAAAGGACAGGUCACCUCUUGGAUAAUGGAGAAAAAUCUUGGAUGGUUUCAUAUCUUUAAGUCGAACCUCAGGACCCAAUUGAGUUCACUGCCUCUUCCAGCAUCGUCAAGGAUCAUGCUAUCAAAGCCCAAGACCAAGGGAGCCUUUGACAGCUUUACUCCAAAUGGCAUCAUCAUCCCCAAAAGAGAGAAACCUAGACACAGCUACCAAAAAGAGGACAACCCACCAAACACUCUGCAAAAAGAAACUACAGUCCUUGGAAUUAUACAGAUUAUGUGCUGCCUGCUGAUUUCAAGUUUGGGGGCGAUUUUGGUUUCUGCUCCUUACUCUUCCCACUUCAAGCCAACAACUUCCACCAUUUUGAUGUCUGGGUACCCAUUUGUAGCAGCUACAUGUUUUGCCAUUACUGGAUCCCUCUCGAUCAUUUCUGGGAAAAAGGCAACUAUGCCCUUUGCCAUGAGCACCCUGACCGCAAGUGCAGCGAGUUCUCUAGCUGCUGGAACAGGCCUCUUCCUCCUUGCUGACAGCCUGGUAGCCUUGGAGAGGGCCUCUCGACCGUGUGACUCAGAAAGGGAAUACCUAUCCUCACUGCCUUAUUCGGGGUACUAUUAUUCAACUUAUGAAUUCAAGGACUGUCUCCUGGCUAGUGUCAGUCUGACGGGGGUGCUGGUGGUGAUGCUCAUUUUCACUGUGCUGGAACUCUUAACGGCUACCUACGCUUCCAUCCUUUGGUGGAAACAGCUGUACUCCAAGAACCCAGGGAGUACAUUUUCCAUGCCUCAAUCACAAGGUCAUAUCCAACAUGUCAAAAAUCCUUCAAGGUCAUGCAUAGGAGUAACGCCUCAGAAGAAAAAGGAGAAAGCCAGGGCUCCUGGCAAAGUGUGGUUAGACUUUCCUGAAAUUUCAGCUACUUUAGACACUGAAAGAAACCUUUAGAAAAACGGUUUUUGUUUUGCACUUGCUCAGUGAGAGUCAUUUUAUUGCUCUUAAAAGUAAUCUCUUGGGGUGCUUGGGUGGCUCAGUCGUUAAAGAGUCCAGCUCCUGAUUUCUGCUCCGGUCAUGAUCUCAUGGUUAGUGAGUUCAAGACCCGCAUCGGGCUCUGCACUCACAGUGCAGAGCCUGCUUGGGAUUCUCUCUCUCUCUCUUUCCCUCUUUGUUUCCCUCCCCUGCUCAUGCUCCCUCUCUCUCUCAAAAAAAAAAAAAAAAAAAAAAAGAA